AUGAUUUGGGGAGCUGCACUUCCUGGACCAAGAAAUGUGGCGCUGAAACAUUUUUGUUUGAAGAAUCCCGAAUAUCCUAUUGUUCGAUCAAAAUCCCUGCACUGGCGCGAUUUCCUUGACAAGGACGCAGGAGCCAUUAGAGGGUAUGCGUCCAGAGACUCAAAUCCAACAAUUUUCUACACUUGCAAGGAAUCAUUAGAGGUUGCUUCUGAGACCUAUACGCUUACCUUUGGCUCAUCGGGAGUCGAACCGCGAACAUGGUUCAACUACGACAUAGAUUCGGUUCACCUUGACAUGUCAUUCAUGGCUACGGUAUUUCAACGCCUCAAUGUCAACAUUGACGACAUUAUCUUCAUGGUUAAAGCGGCGCCCAGAGAUUUUCUCUUAUUGUUCGAAAUUGAUGGUCUAGACGGUGUUUCGGAAGUGGUUUUCGUGACACCAGAAGUAGAUGGCAUUUCUCGUUCAGUGCGUCUUGACAACAACUCCAUGAAAACAUAA